UCUUGCUUAAAUAUCAAGCUUUUAUUUGCAACAUAUGUUCAAACCUUACUCCUAACUAUUAGGCUUAGAUUCUUCAAAUUUUAGAAACUUCCACCUAAUUUUGAAGAGAAAAAAAGAACCCUCCUUAUCUAAGAUUUGUUAUUUUUGACUCUCUUGUUCUACAUGACACAUGGAUUGAGUUGCACCCUAUUGUACCACCCCCACCCCCCUAUGCCCACAUACCCUUUCUAUAUAUACACAUAGAAUUAGCUUACAACUAAAAGCAAGAGACUUUAGGGAUUAUAACAAAUGGGAAGUUUUCAAACAAAAGACAAAAGCCACCCAAAAGACAAAGUUGUUGAAGGGUUGAAGUACAAUGUAAGGUUUCUUCAAGGUGAGGUGAAAGAAAUAAUGUGCAUGAGGGAACAUGAGAGUCAAGUUAAUGCACAAGAGAUGAUCAUAUUUGCAUUGAAAGAAGCAGAAUGGAAGAAGGAAAGGAAGAAGCUAAGAGAGGAAGUGAAGAAGUUGAGGAAGAAAUUGGAAGAAAAAGAAGAAGAAGAAAAGUGUAAAGGAAUAGAAAACCAUGAGAUAUUUAGAGUAAAAGAAGAUAAAGAGUGGCAUCAAUUAGGAACAAGCUAUUUGUUGGAGCAAAUUAGGAAUGAAGAAGCUAGAAGAGAUGAGGCAAUUGAGAAGUGGAAACAACUUUAUUUUGCUAUAAAGAUUGAGCUUGAUGAUCUUAUUCAUAGGACAAAUCAAGGAGGAGGACUCUGCUGGAAAACAGAACAAGUGGAAUUAUUAGAGGAACUACAUAAGGAGUUGAAAGAAAAAGAGGAAAAAAUUGCACUUCUAAAAGAAGAAAUAGCAUCAAAGGAACAACAAGAACUCAAGAGGGACAGGGAAGUUGACAUUUUGAGGCAAAGCUUGAAAAUCAUGAGCUACAAUAUGAAGGCAACAAACUUUUCUAAGAAUCUCUCAAAAAGCUUGCAUAUGUAAAAGGUAGACAAUUAAGGAAAUGGUAAUACUAGUUUUUUUCUGCUCGGUGUCCAAUAUCUAUAUUGGAGUCCUAAUUAAUUUGAAUUCAACAUUACAUAAGGCUCAUUACAAGUGAAAAAUCGCUCCUUAUCAAAGAAAAAAAUUUAUAAUCAGAACUCAAAUUCAAAAACUUUGAUUAACGAUGGGUGGAUUUAUCUAUUCUAUCACAACUCUCAGUAGUAAUGAUACUAUUGGUUAGUAAAAUAUAGAAUUAGUGGUGGUCUUCUAAAUUGUAUGUUUCUUUCAUGCCAUUUCUUUGUUGGCUGUGAAGUGUAUUUCUUUGCUAUUUUUAG